GCGUGCCGGCCACGGCUCUGCUCCGCCACGGCUGCACUCAGGGCUUCAUGCACUGCUUGCUAAGGGGUGGAGGAGAUCUAUCCCCAUCACAAGGGCUGGGAAGGGGCAGGAGUGCUUGAGCUCGUGUCCCACUGUCUCACCUGAGCUGGUGCUGCCUUGCUGGGGACAAAGCAGUGAAUGCAAUCCCUGCUUUGCUUCAGGGGUGCAGGUGUUGGUGCUCACCAACGGGACCUCACAAGUCCUUUGCUGCUUGGUACCACCAGUGGCUGCAUGUGGCUGUGUUUCUGGGCACUAGGCUUGGCCCCUGAAUGGAGGCUCAGAGGUGAUGCCUUCCCUCCCUGGAUCUGGCUCCCAGAGCCAUCCAGGCCACGUUCCAGUUUCCAGCUCCCUAGGGCUGAGGUGGGGACCCAGGACCUAUGCACUCAAUUAAUACCUCUCCAUACUGAUGUGCAGAUGCCUCCAAAUUUCUCCUGCCACGUCUCCAAGGGCUUGAGCUGCCACCAGAAGGCUUUUGGGGGGCUGCCCCUCUUCCCUACUGCAUUCCAGAGGUGCCACUCUGUCCUGCUAAAUCAAACCAAAGCAGAAAAAUGCCUACGGCUCUCCCAAGAUUUGCCCUUUUUGGGACUCACUGAGCCCACGUGGAUCUCUGUUUGGCCCUCGUGAAGACAAGGGCUGUUUUCACUAGGAUCCUGCGAGCAGAACUUCACUUGUGACAUUAUUUGGACGUUUCUCAGGCGUGAUUCUCCAUCAACCUGCAUAUGCAACCCAAAUAUGCAACUGGUGCAUCCUCAGAGGCAUGGCUGACCUCUGAACUCAGGGAGCGACCGCUGCAGCCCCGAAUGUUGUUUAUUGCAUUACAGAUGAUGAGUUCAAGCACGGGCAGCCUGUGUCAGCAAUGCGACAUGAGCUCUGGGCUGCAGGGUGCUGUGCUUUGCUCUUUGUCUUUCUGUUUUUGAGCCCAACGGUGUCGAUAGGGCUUCAGAGCCUCUGGCCGUGGAAGGAGAUGCUGGUGGAAAACACGCCCUGCUUUUCUCCACUGAUGCUUCUCCCCAUUUCUGUUCCCCACAGGCACCACGUCCAUUACGUCAUUCCGUAUGACGGGGAUCAGUCUGUGGUGGAUUCCUCAGAGAACUACUUUGUGACUGACAAUGUAACCAAGCAAGAGAUCGAUCUGAUGCUGGGACUGUUGCUGGGUUUUUGUAUCAGCUGGUUUCUGGUGUGGAUGGAUGGGGUUCUCCACUACGCUGUGCGAGCCUGGAGAACCAGCCGGCGGUACGACAAUUCCUGGUCUUGGAUUCCAAAGUUUUGUAACUUAAAGGAGUUCAGAAAACGUCACCACAGGCAGUACGAGGAGGCGACUGGGAACAUGGUGCACAUCAAACAGAAGCUGUACCAUAACGGGCAUCCCAGCCCACGGCACCUCUGAGGAACGCCUUCCCCUCCAGAGACUGCAGUGAGGUUUUAAAGAGGACUUUGCUCUUCUUCCAGGGGAACAGCUCCUACUUUUACACCUCUCUGGAAGCCAGCGAGGACAUCAUUUUACUUCUCCAUCCUGUGUGUCCCCCGUGGCACACCACGAUGCACAACUAAGCCAGUCCUGGAUGCUACGCAGCCAAGACAUUGCACUGUGUUCCACGUUUUAUUGUCAGACUUGUGUACAUAUAGUAAAAAAAAAAAACAAAAAACAACCAAAAAACAGAACAAAAAACAACAAAGAAAAAAAAAAAACAAAACGAGAAAAGAGAUUUGCAUUAUACUUUCAACCCCCCCUUUUCCUGGCAUUCACAGCUGUCCUGCACAUCCAGCUGCCCUGCAGGGAAUGUUGGCUGAGGGUAUGGAGGUGGGAGCACAUGAAGAAGAUGCAGUUUCUCAUCCGAGUGCUAGAAGUCCCCCAUUUCUUUGGUCAUUUGGUUUGGUUUUGCUCUUCUCUGUUACUUCUGUUGCUAGAAUGGUAGCAGGUUUGGACAGGGGAUGCUGCCAGACAGAUGGGAGGGCAGCGUCCCUUUGCUUCGGUUUGUGUUUUUGGGCAUUGCUGUGGGGGAAGGAACACGUGAUGGAUUUGUUCUUCGUGUUGCUGCACACUGAAACCUGCCUUAAGCAAGCUGAGAAAUCUUCCUAGCAGGGCAGCAGCUCUGUGAGGGAUCAGCCCAUGCGAUGGGGCCGGUGCUGUUACUCCUUGCUGCUGUUAGAGAGGGUGGAGAAGUGGAUGGGGCUGAGAGGCCUUACACCUGGCUUGUACCCUGAUCCUUGUGCCAUGUGGAGCACUGCAGCGAGCUGGGCUUGGCCUGAAGCCAAACUCACCUCCCAAAGCAGAUGCGGCAGGAAGGGCUGAAGUCAAAGCCAUGGAUGCUCCUGUGGGGUUUUUGGUUUUGCUUCCGUUGGGCACAGCUUAGGCGUGGGUUUCAGUGUUGUUGUGAUGCAUCUGAAUCCUCACUCCAUGCCCAGAGACCUUCUGCUCCCACAGAGCAGCUGGGAGCAGUGCUCGUGGGCAGGGAUGUGCUGGGCUGGGAGCUGUGUUGUGAGCCAGGGAGGAGCUGAGAACCAAAGGUGGUGGCCCUGCAGCUGCCGUUGCUCCUUUGUUCCUUCUUUCAUGGUGAGCAGGCUUGUGUUUAUAUGGAAAAUGUCCAGAACUAAAGGAUGCUGAGCGGUAGCAGGACUGUUGUUUCUUUUCUGUAGGUUCCUUGAUUCUGUCAAUGGCCUCCUAUUGCUUGGUUGCAAUGUCAGAGAAGGGAAAAGGGCACCAUGACCCCUAGCUUUUCUCCUCCCAACCCUGGCUUCUCCACCUCGCCUUUUGGUUGCUUCCUAUGCCCAGGACCAGUUCUGUUAUUUAUGAGCCCCAAAACCGGCCAAGGGCCAACCACAGCUGCUCUUCCCAGUUCCUACCUUUGCUGUCCCAUACUGCCUCUUGUCUUGGAGUCCCAGUUUCUGUCAGGUCCUCAAUAGUUGCCCAGUCUGUACUUGUGUCUGUCUGCUUGACUGUCUGUCAUUAGGACUUCUGCGAUGCCCACAGCCUCCUGUUAGCAUCUGGGUAGCGACGUUUCCUUUCCAAGACACGAGGUUUUGCAGCCUCCUUUUUGUGCUUGCCCACAGGGGCACAGCCUCCAGGGACAGAAGAUGCCCACCUCCACGGGCUCAGAGCCAGGGGGCAGCUGGCCAAGCUCUGCUUGGCCUUGUGCGAUUUCUGGCACAUAUUGAGCUGUAGCAUAGAACAGGUGGGGACCAUUCAGCUCUGAGUUGAAGAUGGGGUGACGUUCUGCAGGGGAGAAAGUUCCACUGGGAUGAGGACAAAUGUUGAGCCUUUGGAACAAGUUAAGGGGGAAAAUAAACAAAUAAAGAAACAGACCGUUUUUCAAUAAACAUUCUGCUUGGUGCCUCUCACAAAAGGGAUUUCAAGCAGCGAUCUCAACUCAGAAUUGAACAUACUGGCUUUGCCCUUCUCUGAAAUUCGGCUGUGGUUGAAAUAUUAAUUGUGAACCUUGCAACUGGAGAGGGUGAGGUGGCAGCUGAUCGUCUGAUCCACACCCGGAUUUCAGGAGUCUGUUAGGCUCUGGAAGACAAAAAACCAAUCCUGCAUGGUGCACAUCCCCAUGGUUUAAGAACAGAAGGUUUUCUAAUCUGCUGUGGCUGCAGCAAUCACCACGUGAGCUUCACUUUUGUUUACACUCAGUCAAAACAUAAAACAAAAAAGAAAAUACUCUCAGAGCAAUUAAAUUCACUAGGAACAAUUCUCUGCUCUUGAAGCCAUGGGAAGCAGCCCCUCUCUUGCAGAGCAGGACACACAGAGCCAGCAGAGUUCUUAUCCUUAUUGGUUCUUAUCCUUAAUAAACAAGAGGGAAAACUCUUUUCCACGCAGCAAGGCCACUAUCCAAGAGACACGGUCUGUGCAAGGGCAGUGCCAGGCAAGCUCAACAGUUGGAUUGGGUGAUCUUAGGGGUUCUUUUCCAACCUCAAUGUGAGAGACACGAAGCUCCGUAUUACUGGGCUCAGCUGGCUCCUUUGAACCCAGGGAGCUCCUGUAGAUGUGACCCUGUGGGACGUGCCCAUUGCUGCGUGCUUGGCGUGAGCAUUCCCAGCACUGCAGUUGCUCGUUGCUCUGUCCCUACGAGGCUGCUGCUGUUUGGCUGUGUGAAGUCUGCUGUUGCUCUGUCUUCUUUCCCCGUGCAUGUGUUCGUUUUGCUUCUGUCUGGGUGUGGGGGUGUUUUCUCCUCGUUCAUUGUCUCAGAUGUACUACUGUUGACUUGUUUGUUGUUCUCUGAUCCAGUCUUCCCCCACCCUCCCUCCAAAAAAAAAAUAUCCCCAAAACAACCAACAAAACCAAACCAGUCCGCAACAACAACAACAGCCCAAAACCCAGCGACAGCCCCACGUGCAAAAGGUCUGGGUGGGGAGAAAAGCAGUGGUGGCAUGGGAGAGCAAUCACUACAGGGUCAGGGCACUGCAGAAUAGAUGCUGUGGGGUGCAGAGCUGGACAAGGAGUGGGAGUGUGCUCCGUGUCCCAGCGCUCGGCCACCAGAUGCUCUGAGGGAGGUUCCUGCAGCAUUUGGUGGUGGAGGAACGUUGUGCUGCCUCAGGAGGGGUUAUUUUUAGAGCGGAGACAGCUCUGCAAACUGUGCGUGUUGAUCCUCCAGAGCUGGGAUUGGUGCUGGAAACGUCCUCCCUGAGAGCAGCACAUCAAACCCAGCCUGUGCCAGCCCUCCUCUGUUCCCACCGCGUCCCUUCUUUGUAGGAGAGCCAUGUGCUAAGGAAGGCCAUCUUGUCCAGUUGCUUCCUAUCUGGAAUCACUGUGGCCAUGUGCUGUAGAAGGGAGCCCAGACCCACAUCCCAAGCUUCACACCAUGGCAGGGUGGUCUUGGUGGCUCUCACUGCUGUUCUCUACCUCAUUUUCCAGUUGCACGCAGCUGGGAGAAGAGAAUACCCAGUCCCAAAGGAUUCUAAAGAGCCACUGAGAUGGUGAAGGGAGCAGAGCAUCGCCCAGGAGAAGAGAAGGCUCUUAGGGAGAUUUCACCCAUCUGUAUGAGUAUCUGAAGGGAGGGAGCAAAGGGGACAGAGCCAGGCUCUUCCCAGAGGUGUCAGGGAUGGGACACAGGCAAUGGAGCAUCAGGAAGCUCUUUGUGCAUGGUGUGGGUGCUGGAGUGCUGGCACAGGUUGCCCAGAGGUUGUGGAGUCUUCUCUUUGGAGAGAGAAGGAUGAGGUCAUCCUGCUCCAGGCAGCACUGCUUGAGCAGGGGCUGGGUCCAGAGGUCCCCCUUAGCCUCAACCAUGUAGAGAUUCUGCAAAACACAAAGCUGUGCAGAGGGUGAUGGGGGAGCUGAAGCUUCCCUUCAGCCCACGAGCCAGUAUUUUAGUUUGCAGGAGGCACGAGCAAACAGCAGGAGCCCUCACUUACAUUGGGUACCAUCUUGGAGGGCACAGGCAGGAGAGCCCUUGGGCAGUCCCACUCCAAUGCCACCCCCCUCCCACCCCCACUUCUAUGUUGGGAGAGCUUCAAAGGUAGAAACAGCCAACAGAAGCUCCUGGAGCAUCUCUAGAGGUGAAAACCAGAAGAGCUUCCAUCACUCAUGCAUUCAGCAGAAGUAGAAAGACCUUUGGACCAGAAUGCAUUCACCCCGAGUACGUUGGUGGAGCAGAUGUGUCUUCCAAUGAUAGGGCAGUGCACAGGGGAGCAGGGCGGUGCAGCACAGGAGGAACCUCCCAGGAUUGCCCUGCAGUGAGAACACAAGGGCAGACCCCAAGGUGCUGCUUUCCCUGAUUGUUAAUCCUUCCUUUCUUUUUUUUUUUUUUCUUUCUGCAUUUAAACCCGUUCUGCAUGCAUCAGACAGGAGAGGUACAACUUGAGUUGAUAACAAUGGAGGGAGAGAUUACCCUCUGCUCCCAGUCCAAGCCCAGAGCAGUCCCUACUGUGGUUGAAAAGCAAUAAUGGCCAAUUUUCUAUUAAACACACCUGCCUGUGCAGAUGGCAUUAGGGCUGCUGUGCCCGAGCUGAGGGACAUCCUGGAGCACGUGGUGGGGGAGGCAGCAGGAAAAGCACACUGUGAUUUUAUUUGGGUCAACGAGCGAGCCUAAUUCAGCCAUUCCUUCCCUUCCAGCGAUAUGUUUGUACAGUAGGUAACCAGUUCUGCUCCUGAAACUAAGCCCACCCUUUGCUGUUUGUCAGUAAAAUAUUCUUUUUGCAUGUUUUGCAUCUGAGUGGUUUUUCUCACCCCCCCCCUCCCCCCUCCAUACUCUUUGCACUGAGUGAUGCUGCUGGGAUCAAAGUGGGGCUGGAUUGGGGUGGGGGGAGGCAGCUGUGCUCAGCCCAGAGCUGAGAAUGA